AUGCUGGGCUCGGUGAAGAUGGAGGCCCACGACCUGGCGGAGUGGAGCUACUACCCGGAGGCGGGCGAGGUUUACUCUCCGGUGACCCCGGUGCCCACCAUGGCCCCCCUCAACUCCUACAUGACCCUGAACCCUCUGAGCUCUCCCUAUUCCCCCGGGGGGCUCCCCGCCUCCCCCCUGCCCUCAGGACCCCUGGCGCCCCCGGCCCCCGCCGCGCCCCUGGGCCCCACCUUCCCCGGCCUAGGCGCCAGCGGCAGCGGUGGCAGCAGCGGCAGCUCCGGGUACGGGGGCCCGGGCACCGGGCUGGCGCACGGAAAAGAGGUGCCCAAAGGGUACCGGCGGUCCCUGGCCCACGCCAAGCCGCCCUACUCCUACAUCUCGCUCAUCACCAUGGCCAUCCAGCAAGCGCCCGGCAAGAUGCUGACGCUGAGCGAGAUCUACCAGUGGAUCAUGGACCUCUUCCCCUACUACCGGGAGAACCAGCAGCGCUGGCAGAACUCCAUCCGCCACUCACUCUCCUUCAACGACUGCUUCGUCAAGGUGGCCCGCUCCCCGGACAAGCCGGGCAAGGGCUCCUACUGGGCCCUGCACCCCAGCUCGGGCAACAUGUUCGAGAACGGCUGCUACCUGCGCCGCCAGAAGCGCUUCAAGUUGGAGGAGAAGGCCAAGAAAGGGGGCGGCGGGGCCUCGGCCGCCGCCAGGAACAGUGCGGGGUCCGCCACGUCGUCCACGGCCGCCCCCACGGCGGCGGCCACGGUGGCCUCUCCGCCCCAGCCCCAGCCCCAGCCGCCGCCGCCGGAGCCCGAGGCCCAGGGCCGGGGGGAGGAUGUGGGGGCUCUGGACUGCGGCUCGCCCCCUCCCUCCACCCCCUACUUCACGGGCCUGGAGCUGCCCUACAACUUCAACCACCCCUUCUCCAUCAACAACCUCAUGUCGGAGCAGACGCCCGCACCGCCCAAGCUGGACGUGGGGUUCGGGGGCUACGGGGCGGAGGCCGGGGAGCCUGGCGUCUACUAUCAGGGCCUCUAUUCCCGCUCUCUGCUCAACGCCUCCUAG